AGCUCAUCGCAGCUCGGGCCGCUUGUCUGCCAGCCCCCCUGCCAUGGCUGCGGAGGGCGAUGCCGAGGAGGGGCCAGACCUGGCUCUCGUGGAAGUGGUUGAGCUCCGGGCCGAGCCCAACGAUUGCGCGUUCGGAGAGAGGCUAUGUUUAUCGAUGUCCUUCACUGUGGACCGUGACCUGGCUGGCCACUUCUGGCAGGUCAGAUACAUAGUCGACACGAGCAAGAAGCGCGUGAUCAUAGGCCUGGGCAGCACGGAGGCCUUCGACUACCCGCAGGGCGGCCCCUGGAGCAUGACGUUCGAGGUCCCGAGCAUCGACGUCGGCGACGUGCCCCCGAGCCUGCUGGCGCAGCAGGACGGCCUGCUCGUGGCGGCCCUCACCGGGCCCUCAGGCGAGGAGGUCAGCAACGUCAACAUGGUGGUGCAAGUCAGACCAGAUGGCUCAGGUCUUCGGCGUUAUGUCAUCAACCCGCUGGAGUGACUUGGGCCGCAGCCCGUUUGUCAAAUCCGCAGUCGCUUGUCGCGGAUUUGUUGUCACCUUUGUUUGCCGAGCUACCAUGGUCUAGGAAGCUAUGCCGCCUGUCAUCUUUGGCCUGCUCCUGCGAGGACAAGGGGUAUCGAUGGACCUUGUUAGCUUGUCCUGGACCCACGACCCAAUCCUCACAAUUCGGGCCCUCUCCGGUCGGGUCGGGGUGGGCUGGCAGGUGCUCCCGCCGCUCGCCCCCUCCGCGGGCCUGCCCCCCGCGGGCCUGCCCCUCCGCGGUCCUGCCCCCCCCCCCCCCGGGGGGCUCCCGCGGUGCGCGGGGCAUCGCGCGCGCGCGCGGAGCGCGGGCGCGGCCGCGCGGUGCGCGUGGCCAGCGGGUGCCUCUCUUCGCACGUGGGCAUGGGCGGUGGAGGGGGGUGGUCUUAGGCCAGCGGCCGGCUGCGAGGCCUGGAGACCCGGCCCGGCCUGCCCGUGCCGUGCGUGGCCGCUCUUCUUCCCGUGCCCUGCCGCCUCAAAACGACGCGAAGAUCGGGAC